CCACUCCCUCGCUCUCUCUCUAGAUCUCAGAAGACCAAAAGGCCAUUAACUCUCUGUCUCUCUCUCUCUCUCUCUUUCUGCGCCGAAAGAGAGAGACUUGGGGGAGGAAUUUUUACUCCGUGACUUACGGUUUCGCCCAUCUAGCGGCCAUGGUCGAAGCCCAGACAUGGACGACCCGCCGGAUGAGCAACCCGAGGCUGGACCCCGCCGCCGCCGCCGACCAGGUGCUCGACAUCCCGGCGACCCCUCCCGGCGAGGCCCGCAACGCCGCCGCGGGAUCCCACCUCUCCCCCAGCAUCCUGACGGCCCUGAUCAUCGGCUCCUGGUACCUGUCCAACAUCGGCGUCCUCCUCCUCAACAAGUACCUCCUUAGCUUCUACGGCUAUCGGUACCCCAUUUUCUUGACGAUGCUCCACAUGAUUUCUUGCUCCGUUUAUAGCUACUUCGCCAUUAGUUUCCUCGAAAUUGUCCCUCUCCAACACAUUCUCUCGCGGAAGCAGUUCUUCAAGAUCUUUGCUCUGAGUGCCAUUUUUUGCUUCUCAGUUGUUUGUGGAAAUACCUCACUGAGGUACAUUCCUGUUUCGUUCAAUCAGGCCAUUGGGGCGACCACGCCGUUCUUCACCGCGAUCUUUGCUUUCUUGAUUACUUGCAAGAAAGAGACCGGGGAGGUUUAUCUCGCUCUCUUGCCUGUGGUCUUUGGGAUUGUUCUGGCCAGCAAUAGUGAGCCCUUGUUCCAUAUGUUUGGCUUCUUGGUCUGUGUUGGUUCCACUGCCGGGAGGGCUUUGAAGUCAGUGGUUCAAGGGAUUUUGCUGACUUCUGAAGCUGAGAAGCUUCACUCCAUGAACUUGCUACUAUACAUGGCACCGAUGGCCGCUAUGAUUCUGUUGCCCUUUACUCUCUACAUCGAGGGCAAUGUGGCGGCGGUCACAGUCGAGAAGGCACGGGGCGAUCCAUUCAUUGUGUUCCUGUUGGUGGGAAACGCAACGGUGGCAUAUUUGGUGAACUUGACGAAUUUCAUGGUGACGAAGCACACCAGCGCGCUCACAUUGCAGGUGCUUGGGAAUGCCAAGGCGGCUGUGGCGGCUGUCGUGUCGGUUUUGAUAUUUAGGAACCCCGUGACAGUGAUGGGGAUGACAGGGUUUGCCGUCACAAUCAUGGGCGUGUUGCUCUACCAUGAGGCGAAGAAGAGAUCAAAGGUCAUGAAUCGCUGACAGAGUUAAUAAGGUGAUCGAGUGAUGGCAUUGGAAUUCAUCAAUUCUUAUUGAUGCUUUAGUUGAUUGGAGGGGAAUAUGAUUUGAGGAAGGAAGCUAAUGAGAUUGAAUUGUAUAGGACGGGGAUAGACGGAAAGAGAUCUGAGGAGAUCUGAUUUCUUGAGUCCUCUUUUCUUGCCUUUAAUUGUUCUUGAGGGGGUAGAAUAAGAGAAUAAAGUUCUCUCUUUUACUCUACCCUGCAAUGUUAUAGCUUUUUGUGAAUUUUUUGUUGUGACUCCGCAAACAUCAUUGGCGACGCAUUAUGUGGGAAGAAAAGUCUUCCCCAGUUCAUGUUGUUUUUUGGAUUUCUUACAAAAUUUGUCUCUGCUGACACUUCUUAGUCCUGUUCUCUCAGAGUAUACAUGAAUCCUUCUGACACUUAUGAGCCAUGUAGUUGGUUGUGAAUGUCUUU